AUGAAAUUCACUAAUUUUAGGACAGAUCCCGUUCCCAAACCUUUUCCAUCUCUAUAUAUAGCGGAUUGUCAACAGAAAAGCUCCGAAAUAUUUUCCAAGGACAACCAUAAUUUCUUCCUUCGCAGAGAGUGAUUUUCGGUUGCAGAGUCUAUCUUCUGUUGUGAGAAAUGGCAAAUUCAAUUCGUUACUUUCAACUGAACACGGGAGCUAAAAUCCCUUCCGUUGGGCUGGGCACCUUUCAGGCUGGUCCUGGUCAAGUCGCCGAUGCAGUUACCGCUGCCAUUAAGGCUGGGUACAGGCACAUUGAUUGUGCGGCAGCUUAUCGCAACGAGAAGGAGAUUGGGGAUGCAUUAAAGAAGCUUUUUGAAGAUGGUGUUGUGAAACGUGAAGAUUUGUGGAUUACCUCUAAGCUCUGGAAUACAGAUCAUGCACCAGAAGAUGUACCCGAGGCAUUGAACCGAACUUUGAGAGACUUGCAGCUUGACUAUGUGGAUCUGUAUCUAAUCCACUGGCCAGUCAGCAUGAAAAAAGGAUCAGUUGGCUUUAAUCCUGAAUUUCUUACAACACCAGACAUACCUAGUACAUGGCGAGCAAUGGAAGCUUUGUAUGAUUCUGGCAAGGCUCGAGCUAUUGGUGUUAGUAACUUCUCUGUAAAAAAGCUUGGAGAUCUGUUGGAAGUAGCACGUGUUGUUCCUGCUGUCAACCAAGUGGAAUGCCACCCUGUGUGGCAGCAACCAAAAUUGCAUGCAUUCUGUAAAUCGAAGGGAAUCCAUCUCUCUGUGAGUGUCCUCCUAUAAUACGUUUACUGUUCC